CAGCGCCGAUCAGCCGCACAGCUGUAUCCCACCACAACCUGCGGGGCGGUCCGGGCAGAGGCAGGGCUCCGCUCCCGGCUCCUCCUCCUCCCCGCGGAGCCGCUGUGGGUCGCGCAGAGCCCAGCGUGGAAGCGCCGCCGAUUUGUCACCAUGAAUCUCUUGCCAUUCGAGUCCCUCUGUGCUUUCCUGCUUCCCCAAGUUUGGUUGGCAUCGGGCAUGCAGGAAAUCCAUGCUGACCGGGAGACGAUUGGCAAGAUCUCAGCUGCUGGCCAAUUGAUGUGGUGCUCAGCUUCUGUUGAUAUCCUUUUCCUCUUGGAUGGCUCCUACAGCAUUGGCAGAGGCGGCUUUGAAAGAUCGAAGCACUUUGCAGACAAGCUCUGUGAUGCCCUGGACAUCCAUCCAGGCAGGGUCCGCGUAGGAAUGGUACAGUUUAGUUCAUCUCCCCACCUUGAGUUCUCACUGGAUUCCUACCUAACCAAACAAGAAGUGAAAGAGAUGAUCAAGAGGACGGUGUUCAGAGGUGGCAGCACAGAAACUGGUCGGGCUCUGAAAUACAUUCUCCAUAAGGGAUUCCCUGGUGGCAGGAACUUGACUGUCCCCAAGAUCCUGAUCAUCAUUUCAGAUGGGAAGUCCCAGGGCAGUACCGCAAUGCCUGCCAUGCAGGUGAAGGAGAGAGGGACAACAGUUUUUGCAGCGGGAAUCAAGUUUCCAAGGUGGAAGGAGCUGCAUGCUCUGGCCAGUGAGCCCACGGAGCAACACGUGCUCUUUGCCGGCGAUGUCAGCGACGCGGCCAAUGGUCUGUACAGUGCCCUGAGCAGCUCCAUCUGCAGUGUCACCACACCAGGUUGCAAAGUUGAAUCCUUCCCUUGUGAACGCAGAACUCUGGAGACUAAGAAAGAACUGGCUGGAAGCUAUGUCUGCUGGAAAGGCUCAAAGCAGGAGAAUGCAGUGCAUGCUUCACUGUGCCCUUUUUACAGAUUGAAAAGAGUCUCAGUAAAACACCCAUCCAGAUGCUUCCGAACCACAUGUACAGAUCCUUGUGACUCCCAGCCGUGCCAGAAUGGGGGUACGUGUGUCCCAGAGGGACUGGACAAGUACCACUGCCUGUGCCCUGUGGGAUAUGGAGGAGGCAUACACUGUGCGCCAAAGCUGAGCCUUGAGUGUGGUGUGGAUCUCCUUUUCCUGAUGGACAGCUCAGCAGGGGUCACACUGGAGGGAUUCCUGCGUUACAAGGCGUUCCUCAAGAGGUUCCUUCAAGCAGCAAUAGGCUGGGACUCACCUGCAAAUGUGGGGGUGGCUCAGUACGAUACCAACGUCAGGAUACCCAUUGAAGUGGGACAACACAAGGAUGUGUUCGGUCUCAUGAAGAGCAUUGAUGCUUUGAAUUUCAGCGGGGGAGGAACCCUGACGGGCAGAGCCCUGCGGUACAUUGCACAGCAUGGUUUUAGGAGCACCCCAGUCUUCGCAGAUGUGCUGAAUGACCUCCCGCGUGUGGUGGUCUUGCUCACUGACUCCAAGUCCCAAGACCCAGUGGCAGAAGCUGCCAAGUAUGCAAGGGACAGAGAUCUCUUGUUGAUCGGUGUAGGCAGCAGCUUUGUGAGGGCAGAGCUGGCUGAAGUGACUGGCAACCCAAAGCAGACCAUCGUCUACUCAGAUCCCCAGGAUUUGUUCAACAGGAUCCCAGAGCUGCAGAGAAGAAUUUGCAGUGUGAACAAUCCUGAAGGCUGCCAGGUGCAGUCUCUUGAUUUGGUGUUUGCAGUGGAUGCCUCAGUUGGCCUGGUGAAUUUUCUGCAGCUGAGGGACUUUGUCAGGACCAGCUUGCACUUCACCAUCAAUUGGGAUGUCACCCAAAUUGCCCUUGUGGUCUAUGGCAGCAGAGCCACACUGUUCGCAUUGGACACCCACACAAACAAUUCAGCUCUACUCCAAGCCAUCAGCCAGAUGCCUUUCCCUGGGGACGUUGCCUCUGCCAGCAGUGCCUUACUCCACAUUAACGGUGACAUGAGGACAGUGCAGAAGGGAUCAAGGCCUGGUGUCAGCAAGGUGACACCAGUGGUCACCAAUGGUGCUCACAAAUGUGGUGGCAUGGAGGAUGCAGCUGCCCCAGCUCAGCAGCUGAGAGAAGGUGUCACGGUGUUUGUGGUUGUCAUUGGGCAUGCAGAGAGGGACACACUGCUGAGGGUUGCUGGGUCUCCCAGUUACCUGGUGUGCAUGUACUCCUAUGAAGACCUGCAGCAUUACCAAGAACUCAUCACUGAAAGAAUCUGUGAAGAAGCAAAAAGCCCUGUGAACCUGUGCAAACCCAACCCAUGCAUGAACCAGGGCGUGUGCAUCCUCAGGCCGGGAAGCUACUGGUGUGAAUGUCACGGCUGGGAAGGACCCCACUGUGAGAGCAGAGUUCCCUGAGGAGAUUCUCCAAGAUCUCCAGUUCUCCCUACAGACUCCCAUGUGCAGCAGAUUCCAGGCAGUUUUCAGCACUUCUCUGGAGACCACCAGCACCUGAAAAGGUCCUGAGAUGCUGACCCAGAAGUGCUGAGCUCCAGUUCUGACCCAAGAAGAUACUGCUGCCCUUGGUUGAGUGACUGGGCCAUUCCCAGUUCCUGCACUGCACAAACUGGGCUUUCCAGUGCUCUUUCUUUUGGAAUCAAGUAAAUAUUUGAUAUUAAGUA